CAUGGCGACGUUGCUGACAAGUGAGACAGUAUGGUAACAGAUUUACGGUGUUUUUUGGACACGUAGAACGCCUCUUUUAAAGAUUGCCAUUGGACUGAACUGGUUAUUCCUCCAUGUGUCAGUCGUUCGUUCGUAUUUUCAUUCUUAUCAGAUGACUCUCAGUUGCUGGCGAGCCAGUUAAGCACCAAAAUGCAGUCAGUGAAGGUCGGCUGUUCGGCUUUGCUUGCAUCCCGAGCUCUCUGCUCAGUUAGGAUUUAUUGUCCUCAGCUUGUUAAAAUAUCGGCGGCCCCCUGUCGUGUUACUUGUUCUGUCAGCCAGGCUCGCUUUUGUCGGACAGCAGCCACGCCAGAGGAGACCGUGGUUAUUCGUGUUCCUCGCUACAUACAGAAACGCCUCGAAAGCGUGAAGCAGACUCGCGGCAAAAACAAGAUCAGCACCGUCAGAGCCGGCAAGAUCCUGAUCCAGAGCAAGAACCCUGAACUGAACCAGUCUGCGGGAUACAUACUUGGGAAGUUCGAGCAGCCCAGUCUUUGCUCGAAAGGAUGGAAACACAGCAAAUCUUUCGGUGACUAUUUCACCAUUAAUAACAUCAAGACUGUUGCACCCUAUGUAACUGAAAGCCAAAAAGAGGACGAUGAACAGAAAACAUCAGUGACCUUUAACAACCUCCAUAUUUGCAAGGAGCUGGUGGAAGCUUUGGACAGACUCAACAUUACCCACCCCACCACUGUACAGCUGCAGACCAUCCCAAAGAUUAUGAAGGGUCACAAUAUUCUUUGCGCUGCAGAGACGGGCAGUGGGAAAACUUUGAGUUAUCUCCUGCCUAUUAUUCACAGACUGCAGGCUGAGAAGGAGAUGCACUCUCGGAGAUCACACCAAAUUCGCACCUUGGUUCUCGUGCCUUCCAGAGAGCUAGCUGAGCAAGUGACCGCUGUGUCCCGGACUCUGUGUGCUCCAUUUGACCUGCAGACGCGGACUGUGGGUGGUGGGCGAGGUGUCGGACACAUCAAGAUGGUCUUCAGGAGGAAUCAUCCAGAUAUUUUGGUGGCUACACCAGGUGCUCUGGUCAAAGCCCUGAGGAGACGCUGCCUGGACUUGGAUGAACUAAGGUUCUUAGUUGUAGACGAGGCUGAUACUAUGUUCGACCCCAGCUUUUCUGCCAUGCUUGAGAGCAUCCUGCUCCAUGCACACAUUGCUAGCCAUCCCAAGCAAAUACACGGCCUGAACCAGAAAGCCCAAUUACUGGUGGUGGGGGCCACCUUCCCCGGUGGUGUUGGGGAAGUGCUCAGCCAGGUGACAGACCUUGGCAGGAUGGUCGUCAUAAAGAGUAAGAUGCUGCACUUCCUCAUGCCGCAUGUGAAGCAGACCUUUCUGAAGGUAAAGGGUGCUGACAAAAUCCUGGAGCUUCACCAAGCCCUGAAGCUUCUUCAACGAGACAAAGGAGGAGGUGGUGUUCUGGUGUUCUGCAACAAGUCUGCCACCGUCAACUGGUUGGGGUACGCAAUGGAAGAGAUGGGGGUUGAGCAUGCACGUCUGCAAGGGGAGAUGCCUGCGACUGUGCGUACAGGAAUCUUCCAGUCUUUCCAGAAGGGCACGGUGGAUGUGUUGAUUUGCACAGACAUUGCCUCUCGUGGCCUGGACACAUCCCGCGUGCGCUUGGUUGUCAACUAUGACUUUCCAGAGUCCCACACGGACUACAUCCACAGGGCAGGGAGAGUGGGGAGAGCGGGAGGGGUGGAGGAUGGGGAGGUGCUCAGCUUCGUCACUCACCCCUGGGAUGUGGAGCUGGUGCAGAAGAUUGAGACUGCUGCACGGAGGAGAACUAGUUUGCCAGGGAUGGAGUCUGAAAUACAUCAGCCAAAACCCAAAGCAGGAGAGGCACAGGAAUAGAAGAAGUGUAUGAGUGGAAAAUCUGCCUGUGAACUUUGUUGCUGUGUGUGUGUGUGUGUGUGUGUAAUGUUGUGGUGACAUAUUCUAAAUAUGCAAAAUUGGUCAGAUUUUCAGCUGAAAUGUUAAGCAAGAUAUGCACUGAUUGCUAAAAAAACAGUGUGAUGUAAUAUAUUUUUGCCUUCAUUUAAAAAAUGUUCUAAUUCAGAUAUUGUUUGUACAAAUGAUUUUGCUAAGCAAUUACUUGUUAAGACCUAGAUGAUUUUUUUUUCCAGUAUCUAAUGCAGUAUGUGUGUUAAAAUGUUUUCAGUUGAAAGUAGAAUUGCAUUUUCUUCUCAACUUGUUUUGUUCACCUCAGCCAUUUAACUGAGCAGUAUUUCAGCUUUUGGGCCCGAGAGUUGGAAUUUGUAAAUGUUUGAUGUUUGUGAAAUGUACCAUCCAAUUUCUUCAAAGCAAGAACAAGAUAAAAAAAAAAAAACAAUUUAUUAAUAGACAUGGCUGUUUACUUUUUCAAAUACAACCUUUUUGAUCACUACGAACCAAAUACCAUCCAGGAUAUGGUAAGGGUAUAUGCUAUUAAAUUAAGCUACAAUCAGUGUCUCAAACAUUGGCAAAUUGCACUGAAACUGCUGCAUCUAGAUCUAGAAAAACUGAAAAGCACACU